AUGAUACCCUGGUCAAGCUUUCCCAGGUUCUAUGCACAGGUAGUAGCGGGGUUGUCAUCGAAGGAAAUAAUAAACGGUACGCGGUAUAUUCUGACAGUUCCGCCACUGAUAUCAGAACGCCCGUUGCUUGGUAUCCGAGCUCGCUUCUCGAUCCAAGGUAGUUAUAAGCCCAUCAUUCUUCGAUACCAAUACGACGCGGGUAUCUUCUUGCCUUCCUCAGCAACGAUAAUGCGGUCAGGGGAGAUGUCAAUCGACAAAGCCCACUUUCUUUCUUUAUGGAUGGAAACCUUGCUCUACGGUAUCAACACAGCUCUAUUUUUAAUCCGUCUAUAUGUUCUCUUUCCUUCGAAAAUGCGUUACACAAGGCAUACAGUCUUUCUGGUCACGGCGGUCGCAAUGUACGCGUUAUGCACAGCGCACGUCGUAACCAGCUUCGUCCGUGCUGUCGACGCUUUUUUUGGCGCUGAAGGAGGCGGCGCAUUGAACUAUUAUGGGGAAGCUUGA